AGUAGAGACUUCUACCGAUCUAUAAGAUUUUUUAGGAAGGGAUACAGUCCAAUGCCAUAUGGGAUUAAAAACAAAUCAGGACAACUGGUGGUGCAGAACAAAGAAGGACUACAAGUAUGGCAGGAACAUUUUAAAGAUCUUUUGAAUGUAAGACAGUCUGAACAAGAAGAAGAAGAGGAGGAAGUGUACCAGAAUGUAGAUCCAAUUGUACCAUACCCAACAAUUCAAGAAGUAAAAACGUCCAUCAAGGAAUUAAAAAAUAAUAAAGCCCCAGGGGAGGACUCUAUCCCAUCGGAAGUAAUCAAAGCAGGAGGCACAGAACUGGCAAGGGAGAUCCACAAACUGAUCAUUGAUAUUUGGGACAACGAAUUGAUUCCGAAUGAAUGGAAGGAAGCAGUUAUCAUUCCCAUUCACAAGAAAGGAGACAAAAAAGAAUGCACCAAUUACAGAGGAAUUUCCCUCCUUAACUGCACCUAUAAAGUAUUAUCAAAGAUUUUACAAAAAAGACUAGAGAAGUAUACAUCAAAUAUCAUAGGAGACCAUCAAGCCGGCUUCACAAGAGGAAGAUCAACCACGGAUCAAAUUUUUAUAUUGAAAGAGGCAAUUGCAAAAUAUUAUGAAUUCAACAAAUCCUUUCUCUGCCUUUUCAUUGACUUCUCCAAAGCAUACGACUCGAUCACUAGGGGAAAACUCUGGAAAGUAAUGGAAAAGUAUGGAAUACCUAAAAAGUUAAUAAAUCUAUCAAAGUCAACUGUUUCAGGAUCUAAAUGCAAGGUUAAAGUCAAUGGAGAAUUCUCAGAGGAUUUUGAUAUAAAUACUGGUGUGAGACAAGGAGAUGGUUUGUCCCCAUUGUUAUUCAACCUAGCUCUGGAAGACUCUCUACAAGAAUUACAAAAGCUAGAAGCUGGAAUUACUAUGGGAACCAACAUUAAUAUCCUGGCAUUUGCAGAUGAUGUGGCACUUGUGGCCAAAAACGAAGAAGAACUAAAAGUGAUGGUCUCAAAACUCAUAAACCACACUAAAAAAGUUGGCUUAAAUAUCAAUGUAGACAAAACCAAGAUAAUGGAAUGUGGAAGAGCUAUCCAAUUAAAUAAUAAGAAUCAUGUAGAAAUAGAAGGACACAAAUUUUAUAAAGUAAACAAUUUCUCUUACCUAGGAGUAAUGCUGACAGAUAAUAAUGAGGAAGACUCUGAAAUUCAGCAAAGAUUAAAUGCAGCUCAUAAAAGUUUAUCGGCAUGCCACAAAUUGUUGAGUUCUCGCCUACUCUCACAGAAAACUAAAAUCCGUAUAUACAAAACUAUAAUAAGACCAGUAUUACUAUAUGGCUCAGAGAAUUGGGUGAUAAGCAAGAGAACUGAGAAACGACUUAUAGUGUUCGAAAACAAGAUUCUAAGGAAAAUCUUUGGACCAACCUUUGAAAACGGAGAAUGGAGAGUUAAGCACAACAGGGAGUUGAGAGAGUUGUACAGGGACCCAGAUAUUGUGGCUGAGGUGAGAAGUAGGAGAUUGAGAUGGGCAGGCCAUGUGUUAAGAAAGGAAGAGGGAUCCUUAGUGAGAAACGCCCUAAACAACAAUCCCGAGGGUAGAAGACCUCCUGGAAGGCCCAAGUUGAGGUGGAGAGAUCAAGUGAGAAGAGAUCUGAGAAGAAUGGGAAGAAGAGAGGAUGAAGCAAUGGAUCGUGCAGUCUGGAGGCAGUGUGUUGGCGAGGCAAAGUACCUCCUUGGGUACCAAGAGCCACGGCAGUAAGUAAGUGCAAUGGAAGUCACUAUCGCCAAACUGGAGGCCCCUGAAGACUAUGACAGACUAAAGUCUUUGUACAAAGAGUACUAUGACUCAGUCCCUGUUGGUCCCAUGUUUGGAAUCACCACUUGGAGGUCAGUAGAGCCAAUCUACAGCCCUGACGGCUUUAUCAUAGUAGCAGAAGAUGGACAUGGAAACAUCAUCGGGUUUGCAGCCAGCAGAGUUCAUGCGACUGCGACCUUCACCGGUGAACCUGACUACUCUCCAGAGCAACUGGAGCUGGAAGAGUUCUUAGACUUUAUCACCAGCAAGGAGCAGUUGGAUAAAUUGCCGCAGAGGUGGACAAAGCUACAGGAAUUGUUGGUAACUGAGGAAUGGAGGGGGCGAGGCGUGGCUCGUAGACUAGUAGAGAGAAGUAUGCAAGAAGCAAAGGCUGCAGGGUUCAGAGCUCUCACUAUGCGCUGCGUCAACGAGUACACUGCUAGACUCGCGAGGAGCCUCGGUUGGAAGGAGCAUUAUCGUCUAGCCUACAGCGACUAUCCCCGACUGUCUGGGAGAACCGUUAAACUCAUCCCCAACCCUCCUCAUGAACACGUGACCUGCUACUACACAGAACUGACUGGUGACUAGUACUAAGGAUAUGUUAGCCUAUGAAUAUAUGAAUCAGUUAGGAUUUACAGAAUAACAUUAGACUGUCAAACAAAAAAGACAUGGAUCUGAUAACUUCAGGUUACUGGGGAAAGG